CCUCCUCCUCCUCCUCCUCCUCUUCACCUCUCCUCCUCCUCUCCUCCCCUCUUCACCGACCGUAGCGAUGGCUGACCAGAGCUUCCUCACUCUGCCCGGCCCAAUCGCCUACUCCUCCUUCCGCAUCGCCUCCCUCAUCUCCUCCAUCAACACCGCCGUCAACUCUUCCGCUGUCACUGCCAUCCGCGCCGUCUACGUCCACUACGUCGCCCUGCGCUCGCCCGCCCUCCUCCCCAACCAUCCCGAGGCCGACCCGUCAAAGCAGAAACUCCUGCACUCCCUCCUCACCUACGACUCCCUCCCCGACCCCGCAGAGCCCGGCUACGCUUCGCUUAUCGCGGCCCUCAACUCAAACGCCUCGCACCCCGCAGAGCCCGAUAACUAUCUCAUUCGCGUCGUGCCCCGCGUUGGCACUAUCUCGCCUUGGUCCUCCAAAGCCACAAACAUCGCCCAUGUCACCGGUCUCGUCGACGAUUUAGAACGCGUCGAGCGCGGCGUCGCCAUCCUCGUCACCGUCCGCAAGGGCUUCCCCCUCAUGCAGCAUCUCGAGUCGGGUGUUUCCCUCGAUGCUUUCUAUGACCGCAUGACGCAGUCCAUCAUGAAGGUCGCGCCCACCUACGACGACAUGUUUGCAAAGCACGACCCUAAGCCGCUCGUCGAAGUCACCCUCGGCAAGUCCCCCAAAGACCGUCUUGAGGAAGCAAACAAAAAGUUCGGUCUCGCCCUCGCCCCGGACGAAAUCACAUACCUCACCGAAGCCUUCCACCACCUCGGCCCUGGUCGCAACCCCACCGACGUCGAGCUCUUUAUGUUUGCCCAGGUCAACUCCGAGCACUGCCGGCACAAGAUCUUCAAUGCCGAUUGGAAAAUCGAUGGCGAGACAAAAACUAUGUCGCUCUUCAAGAUGAUUAGAAACACCCACGAGAAAGUCGGCGGCGCGUAUACCAUCUCGGCAUACUCUGACAACGCAGCCGUCAUGGAGGGCUUCGACGCUACCAUCUUUGUCCCAGACUUGACGACCAAGGAGUGGAACAUGGUCGAGGAGCUCGUGCACUACCUCGGCAAAGUCGAGACCCACAACCAUCCUACCGCCGUCUCUCCCUUCCCCGGUGCUGCCACCGGAUCUGGUGGUGAGAUUCGCGACGAAGGUGCCGUUGGCCGGGGCUCAAAGCCAAAGGCUGGUCUUUCCGGAUACGCCGUCAGUGACUUGCUUAUCCCCUCCUGCAGACAGCCCUGGGAACUCGACGUUGGCAAGCCCGGUCACAUUGCUUCUGCUCUCGACAUCAUGAUCGAAGCCCCGAUCGGUGGUGCUUCAUUCAACAACGAGUUUGGCCGACCGUGUAUCUCGGGCUACUUCCGUACUUUGACUACCACUCUUCCCCUCCCCAAUGGCAAGCAGGAGAUCCGCGGCUACCACAAGCCAAUCAUGCUUGCCGGUGGUGUCGGAACCGUCAGACCCGCCUACGCGCUAAAGUCCCGACCGAUCACUCCCGGCGCCCGUCUUAUCGUCAUGGGCGGCCCCGCGAUGCUCAUCGGUCUCGGCGGUGGCGCUGCUUCGUCUGUUGCCUCAGGUGAUGCCUCUGUCGAGCUCGACUAUGCUUCCGUCCAGCGCGGCAACCCCGAGAUGCAGCGGCGCGUGCAGAUGGUCAUCGACGCCUGCACUUCUCUCGACGAGAACCCGAUCCAGUCCAUCCACGACGUCGGUGCCGGCGGUCUCUCGAACGCUCUGCCCGAGUUAGUACACGACCACGGUCUUGGUGCAAAGUUCGAGCUGCGAGACAUCGCGUGCUCCGAGCCAGGCAUGUCCCCGAUGGAAAUCUGGUGCUGCGAAGCCCAGGAGCGAUAUGUCUUGGCCGUCGCGCCUGAGGACAUUGACAAAUUCACCGCGAUUGCAGACCGCGAGCGAUGCCCGUUCUCGAUCGUUGGUACGGCCACGCAGGAGCAGAAACUGAUCCUGACUGACAGAUUACUCGGCACCACUCCUAUCGAUCUCGAGAUGUCGACCCUGUUUGGAAAGCCGCCCAAGAUGUCUCGGACCGCCACAUCCCGGCAUCUCAAGCUGCCGCCGUUCGACAGCUCUCUUGCCUGCUACCCCCCCUCGCCACUGCUGACGGCGAUCGAGCGCGUCAUGCACCUGCCGUCCGUUGGCUCAAAGUCGUUCCUGAUCACCAUCGGCGACCGCUCUGUUACCGGACUGAUUGCGCGGGAACAGAUGGUCGGACCCUGGCAAGUGCCUGUUGCCGACGUCGGCGUGACUACGACUUCGCUCGGCGAGGGCGUGAUCACCGGUGAGGCGAUGGCGAUGGGCGAGCGGCCGACGAUUGCGCUCAUCAAUGCGCGCGCGUCGGCGCAGAUGGCUGUUGCCGAGUCGCUUCUCAAUCUUGUGGCGGCCGACAUCAAGGAUCUGGAUCAUGUGCGUCUGUCUGCGAACUGGAUGGCUGCGCCGGCACACGACGGCGAGGGCGCGAUGCUGUACGAGGCCGUGCAGGCUGUCGGUCUCGAACUGUGUCCCAAGCUCGGCAUCAGCAUUCCAGUCGGUAAGGAUUCAAUGUCGAUGAAGAUGAAGUGGGAAGAAGAGCACGGCAAGGUCAAGGAGUCAAAGGAAGUCACUGCUCCGCUGUCACUUGUCAUCACUGCUUUCUGCGGCGUCACCGACGUGCACAACACGUGGACUCCCCAGCUGCGUCGGAUCGAAGAGCCCGGUGUGGGCGUGACGAAGUUGCUGCUUGUCGACCUCGCGUUUGGCAAGUGCAGACUGGGCGGCUCUGCCGUCGCGCAGGUGUUUGGCCAGGUUGGCAAUAGUGCGCCCGAGGUUGAGUCGAUUGUGAUGUUGAAGAACUUUAUCAACACUGUCUCGCUAUUACACUCGAUCCCGGAUCUCGUGCUUGCGUACCACGAUCGCUCUGACGGCGGUCUGUUCACGACCUUGGUCGAGAUGGCGUUCGCGGGCCGAACCGGUCUGUUUAUCGAUCUGCCUGCCAAUGGGCCCGACGUUGUCUCUGCUUUGUUCAACGAAGAGCUCGGCGCGGUCUUCCAAGUCCGCGUUGAGGACGUCGACAGAUUUGUCGCAAUUUUUGAGACCAACGGAAUCGAUGGCCAGUACAUCACCCCCAUCGCCGACGUGCGCCCGUGCAAGGACCAGGCAAUCACAAUCAACCACGGCAACGAGCUUGUCUUUGAGUCUACCCGCGCCGAUCUCCAGCAGGCAUGGUCUCUUACAUCUUACAAGAUGCAGCGUCUGCGAGAUAACCCAAAGUCCGCGGACCAGGAGUUUGCCAACAUUCUCGAUAAUCACGACCCCGGUCUUUUCUACCGUCUGACGUUUGAUCCUGCCGAGAGGCUUUCGUUCAAAUCAGAAAAGAAAGAAGAAGAGGCUGCUGCGUCGAAGGAGUUGGCGGCUACUACUCCAAUCCCGCGAGCAAUGGCAGCGCCCAAGGUUGCGAUCCUGCGCGAGCAAGGUGUUAACGGCCAUGCCGAGAUGGCGUACUCGUUCUACAGCGCGGGCUUUGUUCCCGUCGAUGUGCACAUGACCGACAUCAUCUCAGGCGACGUCUCGCUCGACGCGUUUGUCGGUCUCGCCGCCUGCGGAGGAUUCUCAUACGGCGACGUUCUCGGCGCCGGCGCGGGCUGGGCCAAGUCCGUGUUGUGGAACGAGCUCGCUCGGGAGGAGUUCAGACGGUUUUUCCAGGACCGAAAUGAUACAUUUGCGCUCGGCGUGUGCAACGGAUGCCAGUUCUUGUCGCAGUUGAAGGAGCUGAUACCCGGUGCCGAGAGCUGGCCGACGUUCCAGCGCAACGCGUCCGAGCAAUUCGAAGCGCGCGUGUGCGAGGUCGAGAUUGUCGACAGCGCGACCGAGCCGUCUGUGUUUUUGCACGGCAUGCGGGGUUCCAAGUUCCCGAUCGCGGUCGCGCACGGCGAAGGCCGCGCGUCGUUCGAGUCCGCCGAGCAGCUCAAGCAGUUGACGCAGGACGGGCUGGCGGUCGUGCGGUACGUUGACAACUACGGCAAGAUCACGGAGAAGUACCCGUACAACCCCAACGGCUCGCCCGGCGGAAUCACCGGAGUGCGGAACCAGAACGGGCGCGUGCUGGCGCUGAUGCCGCAUCCCGAGCGGGUGGUCUUCAAGGAGGCGAACUCGUGGUAUCCGGUUGAGGAGGGCAGGAAGUGGGGCGAGUAUGGCCCGUGGAUCCGGUUGUUUGAGUCAGCGAGACGGUGGGUCGGUCCAUGA